UGGCGACAUAUAAUUUGACGGGUGACAAAUUGUUGUUUCAACGCGGCACUCUCUCUCUCUUAUUGUCAGAUCCCCCGGGUUAAAAUCAAAGAUCAUCAAACAUUCACCGCGAAAUCCUAUUUUCUUUUGCAAUUACAGACUAGUUCUGCGAUCACUGCACCACCGCCACCGCCAAAUUAUAGUUGUGCAAAAACCAGACGACCACAGCAUUUUACAACAACAACCCGUAAGCUCUAAUGGGAUGGUUCGGGGAGACCAUGGACUCCGUCAAGUCCAUUCAGAUCAGACAAGCUCUCUCCCAAGCCCUCACUCUCGGUCUGUACAACCCCGAACCCAUGUGUUUGAUAUAUGGUGCAGGCUUGAUUGUGACGUCGGCAUUGAUUAUAUGGAAAGGGUUAAUAUGUAUGACUGGGAGCGAAUCACCUGUGGUGGUUGUGCUCUCUGAAAGCAUGGAGCCUGGCUUUGCAAGGGGUGACAUUUUGUUCUUGCAUAUGAGCGAGGAUCCUAUUCGGGCAGGAGAAAUUGUGGUGUUUAAUGUGGAUGGACGUGACAUUCCAAUCGUUCAUAGAGUAAUUAAGGUUCAUGAGCGGAAAGAUACUGGAGAAGUUUAUGUCCUCACAAAAGGAGACAAUAACGAAGAGGAUGACAGGGCCCUGUAUGCUCGGGGCCAGCAUUGGUUGCAACGACGCCAUAUCAUGGGGAGAGCUGUUGGGUUUUUGCCUUAUGUUGGAUGGGUGACAAUUAUCAUGACAGAGAGGCCUAUAAUCAAGUACGUUCUGAUAGGGGCGCUGGGAUUGCUGGUCAUAACCUCGAAGGAUUAGGGAUACCAAUGUAGUGAUACACAUUUCUUUUCUGAAGCAGGGGAAGAGACGAGAGAGAGAGACACACACAAGAGAGAGAGAGAGAGAGAAGCCAGUUGUAAUUUUUGUUUUUCCUUACCCCCUGCCAUAUUGUAGCAAGGCAUCAGCAUCAAUAAUUCAUCCUUAUUUUGAAGGAUAAAGAAAAUAUGAAGACUAAUGAAAGUAGAAAAGUAUUAGGCCA